CUUCAGGCGAAAUGGAAGUCCGUGUAACUGAUGACUCCUGGAUGCCAGGCCAUAUUCAUCUUGCGACUUCAAAGGAUGGGCGUGGGCAACAAUAGAUGGUCCCAGGAUACAACAAUAGUCGCUGCGAUGGCUAAGGAGGCACUUUUCGGGGGCGAAAGAAAUAAAGGGACCACAAAGCAGAAAAGGGACAAUAGCACCUAAUGGUGCGUUGUGCUGUCAGUUGUGUUGGUGGUGUCGGUGGUGUUGCUGCUGUUGGGUUUAGUGGUGCUGCUGGCCUGGUGGGUGGAUGCUGCCGGUGGUUCCAGUGGUUCCGGCCGGAACAGUGGCCAUGCCAGUGGCGGUGCCAUCGACGGUGUCCCUCAUUUAUCAUUUACACACCAACGCACGGGAAAACAGUCCGAACACGGCCAAAUGAUGGGUUGCUUCUCGCUGCCGGGGAUAGAAAAUCCUCGGUGGAAAUUCCAUUAACGCUUUAUGUCGGCCAUGCGGCACAUCGGCCCGUCAUUUGCAUUGAUUAAAUCACUUUGCGGUCGGCUCGGCAAAUGGUUGGAAAAAUCCACACCAACUUUCCGCUCAGUCGUUGCGCUCCCCAAUUUUUAUGCACUUCUGCUGGGUUUACCUCAAAAAUUGCCGAAGUUUUAUUCGACUUUGCGCCCAAAAUCUUUUACCCACGUUUUGUAUCCAUAUUUCCAGUCUUUUGACGGCAAUUUUAAUUUUGGUUCUUGAUUUUGUUGUGAUACAGCGAAAGGUGUUAUUUUGCAUUUCUUAUUAUUGUUUUUCAAUGUACUGCUUCUAGCACGGCUCUUUUCAAAUUGCGAACUUAGUGGGUGGAUACGUUUUCUUCUCACCUAUUACAGCAUUUUUAGGGUAAUCCCUGAAUCGUUGCCUUUUAACUUGAUAAGUAUGCCAGUAUAUCUAAUCUUUCUCGAUCCGUUUUUUUAAACGCGAUAGCUGGUCAAGUUGUUCCAAACUCCUAUCGAUCGUUAAACAGUCGAUAAAUCAGUGACUACUAAUGACAGUCGACCGGGUGGCAACGCCAGGAUAUUAUCAAUCAGCUGUUUUAAGGUUGCUUAUUUUCAAUUUGCACGUAACUUUCAAAACAAUCAAAUUUCUUCGGAAAUGAUUAUCCAAAAUAGGAUUCCCCUUAUAGGGCAUAUUUUAAGACGGUGUCAUCAACAAGCGAUGAAAAUAAACGCUAGAAAAUACAACUUAACAGCAUAUUUUGGAAAAUGGCCAGAAACGGAGCAGAAGGAAUUUCGCCAGCAUAUGCGCAUUAUCGCGGAUUUCAUUAGUGAGCCAGAGGAACAGCAGCUUCACGAGGAAAUCGAACCCUAUAUGAGCCGCCUGCGCUACGAGUUCGAUCACUGGGACGAUGCCAUUCACGGUUUUCGGGAGACGGAGCGGAAGAAGUGGUUCCCCAAAAACAGAGAGGUCCUGGAGCGCGUGCGCCAAGUCGCCUUCGAUGGAGCAAUUAUGCCCUAUGUCCACAUCCUGGAUCUUGCGCCCGAUGGCGUAAUCAAGCCCCAUGUGGAUAGCACGCGAGUAAGUCCGGAGGCGCCUCUGAAGAACAACUUUUACGCUGACAUCCUGCUGCCACGCCGCUCCUUGUACAUAAUGAGCCACACGGCUCGCUACAACUUCACGCACGAGAUACUGUCCAAGGAGCACUCCCAGUUUCGGGGUACGCUGGUGCCCAAGACGCGUCGCAUUUCCAUCAUAUGUCGCAACGAACCCUAAGCGGGGUAUAUGUUUUUCGCUGCGAAUGAAUUUUGGUGCUGUUGAAAUCUUGUAAAUGAAGAAUCAAUUAUUAUUUACUGCAGUCACAAAAGAUAAUUCUUGUUAAUCAAAGUUUGUUAGUCAGUUACCAAAGAUGAUUCGUGUUUAACAAAGUUUGUUAGAGUUGUACUUAGGUUAACGUAUAAUGUAUAACUAAAACCAAUGAAAAAGUAACCUAAACCUACACAAGUAA